GUUCGUUUUACCAAAAAAAAUUACAUUCGAAGCGUUCGAAGUGUCACACACAUCAGAACAUUUUUUAUGUCUCUGAGAAAUUUUUAACAAGUUGACGAAAGUGAUGAAUAGUUUACUAAAUUGAUCUCGCUCAUGAAUUAAAUGUUUACCUAGUUCAAUUUUUACCAACAGAACGAAUGAUGGACAUAAAGGAAUCGAUUAAGAAAUUAAUCAAACAAUCCACCGAAUUACUAAGCAAAUUAGAAGCCGACGAGUCUGUGGAUGAAAACGACGAUAUUGCGGAUGGCAUUGAAGUCUUCGACAAAAUAAUCGAAGAUUCCAAAACCAUUGCAACUCAAUUGAAAUCGAAGCGCCCGAAACCGCGACUUAAUGGCAAUAAACCAUCAACGGGCGACGAUUCGCGAUCGACAAUGAUCAAAUUGGUUCCGAUCGAAAAUUUGAUCCAGAAAGAGGCCACAAUAGUAUUAGAUAAGGCACCCAUUGAAUUGAGUGACUCUGAUAGUGAACCAUUGGUCACUAGUGCACAAUCAAAGUCUGGUGAAGCGGAGACGUCACCAUCCAAAGCUAGUAUUUUGAAGGGUGUGUUCAAUCCGGUGAAAGAAAUUGCUACACAGAAUCACGUCCAUGUGAAUCGAUCAGCCGAGAGAACACGAAAUUGUACGAUCAAUUUAUCCCGAACCGAUCUAACUAAAUUAGUAGCAUCUAAAGGGCUAGAAUUAAUGCCAACUUUAAACGAUGCAUCGACAAACUCAACAACGACCACCCUUCGAAUCGAUGUUUCAUCGGAAGAAAAAGAAGACUGCAAAUCGACCAAAUCCCAUCGCACUAAUGGUUCGAAAUCGAAUUCGAAGAAGGUUGCGAAAAAUUUACUUAAUUUAAGUAGUAGUCAAGGCGAAGACGACUGUACGAAUGAUAUGAACGAUAAUGGGGAUGAUCGAAACGUGUCCGACUCAAAUGAUAUGUCUAGCGCAUCAAAGAACGUGACCAAAAAGGCGAUAAGCCUUGUGAGCAGCGCCGACAGCGACGAAGAAAUAGUCGAAUCAAAGCCAACGCGCAAAGUAAAGCAACGUACCGCCGUGGUGCAUAGUUCCGAUUCAUCGUCCGAUGACGAGAAAUCCGGUAAAAGUAAAGCCGCCGGCAAAGCGUCCACCAAAUCGGAUUCAGAUUUCAAAGCAAGUGAUAGCAGCGACAGCGAGAAAAUCAAAAUAAAUAAACGUAAGGCGGCGAAGAAGGCAAAAAACGCGUCCGACGAUUCGGACGAUGAGUACAAAGUCGAACAGAAACCGGCCAAGAAGAAACGACGUCGCAUUAAGAAUGCCUCGGACAGUAGUGACAACGAGAAGAACGCCAGUCGCAAAAAGAUUCGCAAAAUUCUGGACGAAAAAGAUCUGGAGGAUGAGACCAAACAGGCGACCCGAGAGGAGAUGGAACGAAAGCGGCGAAUCGAAGAGCGGCAAAAGUUGUACAACGAGUACUACGAAGAAGAACCGGAAAAGGUGAAGGUACUCGACAAACUUGUAUUGGACUUCGAUGAAAAAUCGAAAGAAGAACUCGUCAGCGUCGACCGCAAACUCGUAAAGAAAUUGAAACCACAUCAGGGCAGCGGCGUUAAGUUCAUGUGGGACACCUGCUUUGAGUCCAUCAGUCGAAUCGAUAAGGGAAAGGGAUCUGGAUGCAUUUUAGCCCAUUGCAUGGGUUUGGGCAAAACAUUGCAAGUCGUGACAUUGGUACAUACAUUGUUGUCCCAUUCGGAAGAAACUGGCGUCGAGAAGGUGCUAAUUAUCUGUCCGCUUAGUACAGUUCUCAAUUGGGUCAACGAAUUCCGUAUUUGGCUAAAGGAGUGCGCUGACAACAAAGACAUUGAAAUCUAUGAAAUCUCAAAAUACAAACUGAUUCGCGAGCGAAUUAACAAAAUCAGUGAAUGGUAUAACGACGGCGGUGUAUUGAUCAUGGGCUACGACAUGUACCGCAUUUUGUCGUCCGAAACGAGUAAAAUGAAGAAAAUGAAAAAACGCGACAAGGAAUCAAUUAGCGCGUUACUCGUUGAUCCCGGUCCGGAUCUGGUCGUAUGCGACGAAGGACAUUUGCUGAAAAACAGCAAAACAUCGCUGAGCAAAGCGGUCAAUAGAAUUCGAACGUUGCGACGAAUCGUCUUAACAGGGACACCGCUGCAGAACAAUCUGAACGAAUACUAUUGCAUGGUGCAAUUCGUGAAGCCGAACCUACUGGGCAAGUACAACGAAUAUCUCAACCGAUUCGUUAAUCCAAUCACCAACGGUCAGUAUGAGGACAGUACACCGCGCGACAUUCAAAUGAUGAAAAAGCGAUCACACAUCUUGCACAAAUUGCUGGACGGAUGUGUACAGCGCCGUGACUAUUCGGUUCUAGCACCUUACCUACCCAUUAAGCAUGAAUACGUCGUCUCGAUACAGUUGACACCGCUUCAGAUUAAGCUGUAUGAGUAUUACAUCAAACAACGACCAGUUGCCGACACCACCAAGCCCACCAGAUCGUCCAUUUUGUUUCAAGAUUUUCAAAAUUUGCAACGCAUCUGGACACAUCCCAGGGUGUUGCGUUUUAACAGUGAUCGGUAUGAAGUAAAGGAGCAGCGUCGACGUGCCGAACUAUCUGAAGAUGAAGAAUCCGAAGGUUCCUUAAAAGAUUUCAUUGCUGACUCGGACACUGACGAAUCGGAAGCUGAAUCUACCUCUAGCUCAUCGUCGAGCGUAGCUUCUGAUGACAGUCGAAAAAAAGGGAAAAGAAAAACAGCAAAAGUUCCAGUGAAACGCCGGACCCGUGCCAAUAAAGACGAAUUUGAGGAUCCGGUCGAACCACUCGAACUACCGACGGCCAAAAUUGAAAAUCCGACCGAAUGGUGGAUGCAACUGUGUCCGGAGGAGGAACUGGACGAUUUACGGCAUUCGGGAAAGUUAAUGUUGCUGUUCUCGCUGUUGGAAGAGUGUUAUGCUAUUGGUGAUAAACUGUUGGUAUUCUCGCAAUCUCUGUAUACGCUCGAUGUGAUAGAAGUGUUCCUGAAGCGAAUCGACGAAUACACGCAACGUAAGAACAAUGCCAGCGACGACGACGAAGAGGUUAAAAAGGAGGGAGAACUAUUAGGCGGCUAUACAGGUUCAUGGUCACUGGGUGUGGACUAUUUUCGAUUGGACGGAUCGACUAGCAUCGAAAAUCGGAAUCUUGCUUGCAACUACUUCAAUUCGGACAGUAAUCCGCUGGCAAGACUGUUUCUCAUAUCGACACGUGCCGGUGGUUUGGGCAUCAAUUUAGUUGCAGCUAAUCGUGUUGUCAUUUUCGAUGUUUCAUGGAAUCCGUCCCAUGACAUACAGAGCAUUUUUCGUGUGUACCGAUUCGGUCAAGUGAAACCGUGCUACAUUUACCGCUUCAUUGCAUUGGGCUCCAUGGAAGAGAAGAUCUACGAACGACAGGUUACCAAAUUGGCUAUCGCGAAACGUGUCAUCGAUGAACAUCAAAUCGAUCGACACUACAAGGAGCACGAUCUAAUGGAGCUGUACAAAACCGAUUUGGUUCCGAGCGAGCCGCGGAAACAACCACCGUUACCGAAAGAUCGAAUGUUUGCGUUGCAGCUGCAGAAAUUCGAUAAAGUGAUCUACAAAUAUCACGAACACGAUUCACUGCUGGAGAACAAACACGAAGAAACGCUGAACGAGGAAGAGAUGAAAGCGGCGUGGGAAGAAUUCGAAGCGGAAAAAUCACGACCCGUUGUCACCUACAAUUACAAUCCUACACCACGAAUGUCCGGAAUGGGUCCCGUUACAAGCAAUACGAUUUACGGUUUCCGCUCGGACAUCAUGCUCAACCUAUUGAGUAUGUACGCACGAAAACAACAUCCUACAGCUAAUGAUACUCAGAUCAAGCAACUGGUUCCAUUGCUGCUGACACAAUUGCACGAAAAAAUGAAUUUGGGCGACACGAGCAUGUAUGCCGACUUGGUCCUGCUGCAAAAUCUCCAACAAGGCCCCACAAUGGCUUUCCAGAAUAUGAUCGGCCAAAUGAAUUCACAUCGAGUCGGAAUGAGUACAUACAAUCCGUACUCGGCCGUCAUGAAUCAGCAACAGUAUCUGUUGAUGCAAGCGCAAAAUCGUUUAAUGGGAUUGUCCAGUCCACAAGCACAUACAACCAAUGCAACAAGUACAUCAUCAAAUCAAGUUAUCGAACUCGACUGAUAUCAUUCCUUCAUUUAAUUUAAGAACGACAACAAAAAAAUCAUUUUCAUUUUGUAAGUGUUCGCACACCUCUGUGUGCGGCUGAAAAGAAGAUCAAAAUAUCGAUGCUGGUUUUUCUCCA